AUGUGGGGGUCGGCGGGGCUGUGCCGGGCGGUGCGUCCUGCGCUGCCCCGGGCGCUGGGGGUCCCCGGCGCGGUGGCGGCGCGGGGCUCGGGGGGUUUGGUCCCCGGGGGCGGCCCCCCGGAGGGCUCCUCGGCGGCGGCGGCGGUGGUGGUGGUGGGUGUGGGGAGCCCCCUGCGCUGGGUGCGGACCCGGCUGCGCGCCGCCCUGGUCCGCGCCGCCUGCGACCCAAACUUCUCCGUCCGCACCUUCGCCCCCGCGGCCACGCAGGCUUUCGCUCAUGUAUCUAAGCUGCUGUCUCAGUGUAAAUUUGAUUUGUUGGAAGAGCUUGUGAGCAAGGAGGUCCUGCAGAUGCUGAAGGACAAGGUGCCCCCCCUCCCCGACCUCCAGAAGUCAGCGCUGGCCGCCGAGCCCGACCAAAUCGUCUAUUCCACCACCGGCGACAUCUCCAUCACCUACGACGACCAGGGCAGGAAGUUUGUGACCGUCCUGAUGUGCUUUUGGUACCUAACCAGCGCCGACCUGCCCGACGAGGCGCCCAGAGGAGCCAAGGUCUUCCGGUUCAAGCUGGGCGACGGCGGCGCCAAAUUCAAACAGCUGCUCAACGCUAACUACGAGUUUCAGAGGGAGUUUACCCAAGGAGUGGAGCCGGACUGGACCAUUUCGAGGAUUGAACACCCAAAGUUGUUAGACUAACGGCCUUUGCCCGGACGGACGGGCGGACGGACAGACGGUCAGCCCCUGAGGCCGGCGGAAAACUGGAACACUUUGGAAUCACUGCUCUCCCUGUGAUCCCCUGUUGUCCCCCUCAUCUAACGUGUGGGAUUGAUUUUUCAAUUACCUGGCUUCGGAGAAGACCAAUCUGACGGAAUAAAGCCCCCCUCUCGACCCCCC